UCUCUGAGAUACCAUUUUCAGGAAGGAAGCGAUUCUUGAUUGCCUUUAAAGCUUCCAAAUUCCCGACCCUGUUCGUUCUCGAGAAAAACCCAGUUUCGAAUAUUGGGGCUUUUGUCGCGUCUUGAGCUAUUAUAUACUUGUAAGUAACUAGCUCUCCUAUUCGUAUCGGGAUUGUAGGGGUUUUGUGGUAUUCAAUUCAAAGUAUAUUAUGUCGUGAGCGAAGAUGGUGGUGUUCACUAGAAAGCGGAUGGUUUUGUUCGUGGUGUUGUUAUCACUUGUAUCUGGGUUGGUGCACCUCGCCAUCACAAGCAAUUAUAGGUUGAGGUUGUCUUGGGAUGUGGAUACUCCUUUAUACGCGAAGAGGCCGGGGGUAAUGUUACAGCGUCCUCUAUGGAGGUUUUACCAGUGGGAGCCUGUGAAGUCUUUGGAGCCUUUGAGGCCUUAUGCCAACCCCAGAGGCAGCUAUCCUGUUCCAAGAGAAAAGAACAAUGGUUUCAUCUAUGCAAAAAUUUUUGGUGGCUUUGCAAAAGAUAAGAGCUUCGGUAUGAUUCAUUUCAUUUCUAUCUGUGAUCUUGUCGCCAUAUCCAGGCUUCUAAAUGCUACUCUUGUCAUUCCAGAGAUCCAAGAAAGCACUCAAUCGAAACACAUUAGUCACAAAUUCAAAAGCUUUUCGUAUCUCUAUAACGAGGAUGAGUUCAUAGCAUCACUCUCAAAAGAUGUAAUCAUUGUGAAGAGCCUACCUGAGGAUUUGAAGGCUGCUAAGAAGAGGAAUGAGAUCCUCACAUUUAAGCCAAAAGGUUUUGCUUCUCCGAAUUUUUACAUGAAAGAAGUUCUGCCACAGCUUAAGAAAGCAAAGGCUAUCGGACUGGUUAUUACUGAUGGAGGAUGCCUGCAGUCAUUGCUUCCACCCAGCAUGUCUGAGUUUCAAAGGCUUAGAUGCAGAGUUGCCUUCCAUGCUCUCCAAUUUCGCCCAGAAAUUCAGAAGCUUGGUCGAUUGAUAGUAAAUAAGCACCGUGAAUCGCACAAACCUUUCAUAGCAUAUCAUCCUGGACUAACCAGAGAGACGUUGGCAUAUCAUGGUUGUGCAGAACUCUUUCAGGACGUGCACACUGAACUCAUACAGUACCGAAGGGCACAAAUGAUCAAACGAGGGAUUAUUAAUGAUGAACUUAGAGUAGACUCCCACUUGCGACGAGAUAAUGGCUCAUGUCCCCUGAUGCCAGAAGAGGUUGGACUUCUCCUCCGAGCCAUUGGCUAUGAUCGUCAAACAAAUAUAUACAUAGCAGGUGCUGAAACUUUUGGCGGGCAACGUUUCUUGAUACCUCUGCUUGCCAUGUUUGAAAAUGCAAGGGAUCGUACUUUCCAUGCUAAGGCUGAGUUGCCUGAUUUGGUUGGUCCUGAAACUCAUAUUCCUUCGAAUAAUUUUCAACCAUCUCCAGUCAAAAACGAAGAACAACUCAAAGAGGAGUGGAACAGGGCAGGUCCUCGCCCUCGGCCCCUUCCUCCACCUCCGGACAGACCUAUGUACCAACAUGAAAAAGAAGGGUGGUAUGGCUGGAUCACAGAAACUGACACUGAACCAGACCCUUCACCUAUGGAUUUGAGGCAGCAAGCACACAGGUUGCUUUGGGACGCUCUUGAUUACAUUGUUUCUGUGGAAGCAGAUGCAUUCUUUCCUGGUUUUCAUAAUGAUGGUAGUGGAUGGUCAGAUUUCUCAAAUAUGAUCAUGGGACAUCGGCUCUAUGAAGGUGCUGCUUCCAGAACAUAUAGACCAGAUAGGAAAGUUCUUCAAGAGUUUUUCAACAUGAUCCGUGAUGAUCUGUACCAUCCCAAGCAUAAUUGGACACUUAAAGUAAGGGAACAUCUUUGGAAUAGCAUCGCUGAGGAAGGCCUUGUCAGGCAGUCUCUGCUCUCAAAACCAACCUCAUUCCUGUCACACCCUCUGCCUGAAUGCUCUUGUAGAGUUCCAUCCGAAGAUUCACAUCAAGUAAAAGGUGAUGAUGGUCGAUUGCUGUAUGGAGGUGAGGUUGAUUGCCCUGAAUGGAUGCCGCGUAAGCCAGAAACUUUUACUGUUUGGCAGACUGUAGAAUUUGCAAAAAUUGAGAAUAAUGGAUCGUCAGAAAAUGGAAGUCCAGUGGUUGAACGGCCAGAAUCUGAUGACAGUGUCGAAAAAAGCAGCACAUCGUUGGCUCUUGAUCAGGAUGAUGAAUGGGAUCCCAACGACUAGAAUUAGAAUAUAAUGUGCAGAAGAUCCAGCUUUCUAAAACUAAAGCUCCAUAUCAAGUAUACCAUCUGGAAUGGAUUUUUUUGGGGAGGAAUUUUUUUUAGUUCUUUUACAUUACAAUUGCAGCUUACUCCUUUGCCGGAAAUAAUAUUCAGAUUUAUUCUUUUGAGUAGAUUUAAGUAAA